AUGUGGAAGAUCCCUUUAUCUGUUGGAAAUUUCUUCACGCGUGAUGUCCUCCAAUCGAUACUGACAGAAAAGUGUGAGCCAGUGCCCUUGGCCGUUCAGUUAAUCUGCUUCAGACGUCGUUACCGAACGUAUGACGGCUCGUGCAAUAACUUGUGUAACAUUACAAAAGGCAGUGCCCUCAGACCGUUUGCCCGCCUUUUAUCGCCAGCUUACGAAGACGGCACGUAUGCACCUCGAACACUCGGAUCGAACAACGAGUCACUUCCGAACGCAAGGAACAUCAGCACGAUUGUGUUCGUCAGCUCGACAGGCAACGACGACAACAUGACACCGAAUUUCACUCACGUAACAAUGACGUGGGGCCAGUUCUUAGAUCAUGACAUCACUUUAACCCAAGAAAACAACACAGCUGAUUGUGGAAAUAACAGCCUCCCUUGCAGGGGACACGACGACGGAUGCAUCGGCAUCGACAUACUUAAGGGGAAUGAAUUGAAAGAUAACCGAAGUGCAGUUUGCAUUCCACUGCGUCGGUCAGCCAUACAAGACGGCGAACAGGUAAAUUUGGUGUCAGCUUUCAUUGAUGGAUCCCAGAUAUAUGGAGCAAACAGAAGAGAAGCUGAUCUCCUUCGUGACCGCACAGCUAACCUUGGUCUUCUUCGAGUUGCUUCAUUCCCAUUGAGCUCCGCCAAAUCUCCUCUCCUGCCAAAAGCUGAGGCGCAGACAUUCUGUAGGUCUCAUAAUCCUACGAAAAAGCCUUGUUUCUUGGCUGGCGACCAUGCAAGAGUAAAUGAAAACCCAGCAUUGGUGGCCAUGCACACAAUCUGGGCUCGCGAACACAAUCGUAUCGCAAACUAUCUUCAUGUUCUUAAUCCAUCAUGGCAAGAUGAGAGGCUAUUCCAAGAGGCUCGAAAAAUUGUGAUCGCUAAGUUACAGCACAUAACAUAUAACGAAUGGCUCCCUAUCUUUUUCAAUGAAGAUCUGCGAAGACGUGCAAACAUCUUACUAGAACCAAAAGACACUUUUUUUAGUGGUUAUAACUCGCAAGUUAACCCAGAAAUAACGAACGCCUUUGCUACGGCAGCUUUGAGGGUCGGUCACACCUUAAUAAAAGACAACUUGGGACAAUUUGGUAGGCAAUUCAGACAGCGUGGGUCAAUUUCAACCAAAGCUUUCUUCGACCCGUCACCUUUGUAUGCACAGAGUGGUAAUGGUUUGACUGGAAUCCUUUUAGGACUUGUGACUCAAACGUCUCAAAAAGUGGAUAGGUUUUUUGCACCAGCCGUGCGAGAGAACCUCUUGAUGAAAGGCUCAACAUUUGAAGGUAUCGUGGGCGAUCUCGCCGCCAUAAACAUCCAACGUGGCCGUGAUCACGGUUUACCCCCAUACAAUCAGUUCAGGGGUAUGUGUGGUCUGGUGCGUGCCGCGUCCAUUGACGAUCUCACGAACAUAAACGCGACACAGAGGGAACGACUACGAAUGGCAUACAAUGAUAACGUAGACGACAUAGACUUGUAUGUAGGGGGAGUAAGUGAGGCCCCUUUACCAGGAAGCAUACUAGGUGGAACUUUCUCUUGUAUUCUCACCAGAGGAUUUGAAAAUCUUCGCGUUGGAGACCGGUUUUGGUACGAGAGGAACGAUUCCUACACUGGAUUUACCACAGGUCAGCUGAAUGCAAUAAGAAAUGCAACUCUAGCUCGAGUUCUGUGCGACAACUCGGAUGGAAUUCUGAAAAUUACCCCAAAUGUUUUCCGCGAGAGGAGUGGGUCCAAUAACCUGACGUAUUGUGAUGACUUAAGAGUUGUCAACUUAAAUGAAUGGAUGGAAGAACCAGGCCACAACGAAUCUUGCCAAUAUGAGACUGUCGCUAAGGAUGUUAUCCCUCAGGAUGUAAAGUUUUCUGACGCCUCUACAUCUGUAUAA